AUGUCUAUGAGGGGUCCUUCCGUUAUACUCGACCUGCUAGCACUAAUUGUGCUGGUCUCUGGGAAAGGUAUUGUAUUGCUUGAAGAGGGCCGGACACAAACCUUUGCGCAUUCACUGGAGGAGCUACCCACUGCUCCCUUUGAAGAGCAUUUUCUGGAUAUUUUGGAGCUUGAGGAGCCUCCUCCUCUAUUUAUUCGACGCAAGCGUAGCGAUAAAGUGGCUGUUUUUAUGGAACAACUUUAUCACGAAUUAGAAGAAGACGUUGACGGAACCAACUCCAACCACUUGCUCGCAGAUGAUGAAUGGAGUAGUGCCGACAGAAUAGUAUCAGUCUCCCCCAGAGAAUCAUUACUAUCUGACGGACUUCUUGUUGUAACUUUUGAUAGAGGAGAUUUUCCGGAUACAAAUCCUCCCGAAUUGAUUGCAGCACAGCUGAGGAUAUUCUUACCCAAAGACUUCUCUGUCGCAAAGGUGUACAUUCUGAAUAAUGCGACGGGCACUCUUGCACUGUCCGACACAGCGAUUGCGACCUCGCGUGAGGUAACAGUGUGGUUCAACAUUACUCAGCUUGUUCUCGACUGGAUGCGGGGAUUGUCUGAGCCGAAAAUCUUCAUCGGAAUAGAAAGUGGCAUUGAUACUCCAUUACCCAAAGAAGAGGUAGAAAGUUUUGUCAUAGCAUCCUUUAUGGAUGAGAGAAACCACAUUCCACCUCCAAGGACAAGGACGCGAAGAGCUGCAAACCCUGUGCCGUCACAACCGACCGCUGUUGAGCGUAAAUCAGUCAGGACGAAUCCUUUUAUGGGAGCUCGCGAAGAUGUGGAAGAAUGGGUAAUCGCACCGGAAGGCUACUCAACAAACUUCUGUGCUGGCGCCUGCUCUAGCGACUCCCCCAUGCAUAGCAAGAUGAACGCAACGAAUCAUGCCAUUGUUCAGACUUUGGUCCACCUAGUAGACCCAAAACGUGCAGAAGAGGCAAAAUGUGCGCCUAUACAGUUGUCACCGACAAAAAUUCUUUUCAUCGACAACCACGGGAAUGUUGUCAUGAGAAGGUACCAAGACAUGACCGUGCAGGAAUGUGGAUGCUUGUGA